AUGUGUUGCAACUACGGCAACUCCUGUGGCUAUGGCUGCGGAUAUGGCUAUGGCUGUGGAUGUGGUCCCUAUUAUGGCUGUGGUUGUGGAACAGGCUACGGCUGUGGCUGUGGCACUGGAUAUGGCUGUGGAUACGGCUCCUGCUAUGGCUGUGGUUAUGGAACAGGCUAUGGCUGUGGCUAUGGUGCUGGAUAUGGCUGUGGAUAUGGCUCCCGAUAUGGCUGUGGAUACGGUUCCUGCUGUGGCUAUGGCACUGGAUAUGGCUGUGGCUCUGGCACCGGAUAUGGCUGCUGUGGCUACCGGCCAUUUUGCUAUAGAUGUUAUUCUUCUUGCUGCUAG